AUGCCUCAGCUGGACUCGGGCGGGGGCGGCGCGGGCGGCGGCGACGACCUCGGCGCGCCCGACGAGCUGCUGGCUUUCCAGGACGAGGGCGAGGAGCAGGACGACAAGAGCCGCGACAGCGCCGCGGGCCCCGAGCGCGACCUGGCCGAGCUCAAGUCGUCGCUCGUCAAUGAGUCCGAGGGCGCGGCCGGCGACGCGGGGGUCCCGGGGGCGGGCGCCGGUGCCCGCGGCGAGGCCGAGGUCGGGGCCGAGGCUCUCGGGCGGGAACACACUUCGCAGAGACUUUUCCCCGACAAACUUACAGAGUCUCUGGAAGACGGCCUGAAGGCCCCGGAGUGCGCCAGCGGCAUGUACAAAGACACCGUCUACUCCGCCUUCAAUCUGCUCAUGCACUACCCACCCCCGUCGGGAGCAGGGCAGCACCCCCAGCCGCAGCCCUCGCUGCACAACAAGGCCAGUCAGCCUUCCCACGGCGUCCCCCAACUCUCUCCUCUCUAUGACCAUUUCAGCAGCCCACACCCCACACCUGCUCCAGCCGACAUCAGCCAGAAGCAAGGAGUUCACAGGCCUCUGCAGACCCCUGACCUCUCUGGCUUCUACUCUCUGACCUCAGGCAGCAUGGGACAGCUCCCGCACACUGUGAGCUGGCCCAGCCCUCCUCUCUACCCCCUGUCCCCUUCCUGCGGAUAUAGACAGCACUUCCCUGCCCCCACCGCAGCCCCUGGCGCCCCCUACCCCAGGUUCACCCAUCCACCCCUGAUGCUAGGUUCCGGUGUACCUGGUCACCCCGCAGCCAUCCCCCACCCAGCCAUUGUGCCCCCUUCAGGGAAGCAGGAGCUGCAGCCCUAUGACCGCAGCCUGAAGACGCAGGCAGAAUCCAAGGCAGAGAAGGAAGCCAAGAAGCCAACCAUCAAGAAGCCUCUCAACGCCUUCAUGCUGUACAUGAAGGAGAUGAGAGCAAAGGUCAUUGCAGAAUGCACACUCAAGGAGAGCGCUGCCAUCAACCAGAUCCUGGGCCGGAGGUGGCACGCACUGUCCCGGGAAGAGCAGGCCAAGUAUUAUGAGCUGGCCCGCAAGGAGAGGCAGCUGCACAUGCAGCUCUACCCAGGCUGGUCGGCGCGGGACAACUACGGGAAGAAGAAGAGGCGGUCACGGGAAAAGCACCAAGAAUCCAACACAGGAGGAAAAAGAAAUGCAUUCGGUACUUACCCGGAGAAGGCCGCUGCCCCAGCCCCGUUCCUUCCGAUGACAGUGCUCUAGGCUGCCCCGGGUCCCCAGCUCCCCAGGACUCGCCCUCGUACCUCCUGCUGCCCCACUUCCCCACAGAACUGCUUGCUAGCCCUGCGGAACCGGCGCCUACAUCACCAGGUCUCUCGGCCACUCUCAGCCUCCCAGCCCCCUGGGCCCCCUCAGGCUCCUCACAGCAACCUGCAGAGUACACAGGUACAGCAACAGGAAUCUCAGAGACAGGCAGCCUAGCAUGCACAGGACACAUGGCUUCCUCCAGGGGCCCACCCUCUGAGA